UUGUGUUUAUAAAUACUACUUAAAUUAAACUGUAAAGUUUCCACAAAAAAGUGCUAAUUAUGUUUUAGACAUUUUAGAAAGACGGAUGUGAAUGUUUUUAAAGACGUUUUUUAGAUAGUUUUAUCCUUUAAAUUAUUUCAGGGGACAGAUGAAAUGCUUAAAAAAAUCUAACAAAAAGUUUAUGUUGAGCCUAAACUAUAUUUAUUUUGACAUUGACGUGGGUGCGUGAGAAUUACACGAUUUCUGAUUGGUCACUUGUUGCUAAGCUGUUGACAUAUUUUUAGUCCGGGACAUUUCCACCUGUUUUCUGGAUAUGGCGUCAUCAGCAUCUGCUCGCGUGGCCUCUCUGUAUGUCGGUGAUCUUCACCUGGAGGUCUCAGAGGUCAUGCUGUACGAAAGGUUCAUCCCGUUUGGCCCGAUUCAGUCCACCCGAGUGUGUAGAGACAGAAACACCUGCAGGUCUCUGGGCUACGGAUAUGUGAACUUUGUCAACCAUUCGGAUGCCGAGCAUGCAAUGGACAUUUUGAUGUUUGACCUCCUCAUGGGUCGGCCGAUGCGCAUCAUGUGGGCCGACCGAAACCCCGCAUUGAGGAUCACAGGUGUUGGCAACAUCUUCAUUCAGGGUCUGGCCAAGAACAUCACCAACCUGACUCUACACGACACCUUCUCUCGUUUCGGCACCAUCUUAUCUUGCAAGGUGGUUGCUGAUGAGAAUGGCUCUAAGGGAUAUGGUUUCGUCCAUUAUGAGACCUACGAAGGCGCUGAACGAGCCAUUCAGACGCUCAACGGGAUGAUGCUGAACGAUCAGCUGGUGUCUAUUAGUCACUUCAGAUCGUUCCAGGAGCGUCAGUCAAACCCUGAGCGUGCAAUGAAGAACUACAAGAGUCACUUCCCGGGGGUGCAUCUCUAUGUUAAUAAUCUACCCUACAGCUGGACGGACAACCAGCUGCAUAGAGCGUUCUCCCCGUUUGGAACCGUCAACAAUGCAAAGGUGGUGAUGAACGGUGGCCGCAGCAAAGGGUUUGGAUUUGUGUGUUUUGCAAGCCGUGAAGCCGCAGCUCAAGCCAUUUCAGCAAUGAACGGACGGGUCAUUGCCAACAGACGGCUGAAUGUUGCCUUCUCGCGGGUCAUGGACCAGGACACGUCUGUGUCUGUGGCCGACUGUGAAACACCUCCUGUGGUUGCUAAGACGCUGCUUCCUUCUGGACGCUUUGGUGCCAUUGUUCCACAGGCUAAUACUGGUCAUCAGCUCACCAGACACCUUCAGGUUGAGUCCUGCUGUCGUCGGGAAGCAGCGUGUCUCCUGUCUAACUGUGAGAGUCUUGUCUCGCUGGUCUCUCCACUGCUGUUAGACAUGCUGGUGUCCCACACGCCAGUAGAUGCACUGCAGUGUGUGAACCAGGAGCUGUCAGAGCUGAUGUCUGAUCCCAUCAUUGAUGCUCCUGGAACAUCAGACACCUUCAGCGCUGUAACCUCUCCGCUGUCUGGAGACUUCGGUGCUGUCGUUCCAAAGACUCAUAGCAGUGCCGGUCAUCAGUUCUCCAGAUGUCUUGUGUUCAGUCGUCGCUGGUUUGCAGAUGUUGCUCUGCCUCAGUGUGAGAGUCUCGUCCUCCUGGUCUCUCCACUGCUGUCAGACACUUUUGACUCUGAGACGCCCCGCAUGCUGACCAUUAACCAGGAACAGUCAGAGAUGACGCCUGACCGAGCCACCGACGCUCCUGGACCAUCAGACGCCUGCAGUGAUGUUGCUGUGGUUCACGACAGGUUUGGCAACGGUUUGGGUGAGAUAAGACACAUGAGCAGCUUCAAGGUAGGAGAAAUCUCUUGUUUUUUUAAGGAUUUGUACUCGACACAGUUCUUCACAUUAAGGGUAAUCUUUCACUAAUAAAUGCGUGAGUUUGAAACAUGUUUAGUGAAACACACAAACUCUGUCCUCUUCUCAGGUGAUGGUGGUUAUGGAUGGUGUGUUUGUGUCAGUCCUCUGCUGCUCUUCUGAUGACACUGUGACUGAGAUCAGGAGGAUUCAAGAGGAUCUUCUCCUUUACAGUGAGCGUCUCUUCUUUAACUCAGCAGACCAGAUUGUGACCUCUGACACAUCCAGCCCUCUCCUGGCCAUUCAGAGUGUUCACCCUGAGAGUGAGUCUUCCUCCGGCUCAGGUGAACAGAUUGUGUCUGAUACAGUCCAG